GGGUACACAGGAAUUUCCCCAAAUAUCAACAACUCGAGUGCUGAACAAGUACAAGAUAACACAAUGGAUAAAAAGAGAUUUACGAAGGAUGAAGUCGUAUAUUCCAAGUAAGUUUUGUCAAAUUAAUUUCCUCACUUCGACUAAGAAAAUAUGAAAAAUGAAAGGUAUCAAAAAAUCCAGUUGUAUUUACGAUUUUGCUAAAAUGAUUCUAGAACACUACCAAUGCAACAGCAAAGACGUGAUAACGUGGAUGAUAUCGAAAUGAGUCUUCUUCAACAUCAGUUGGCAUUAUUUCCACAUCUUGAAGAAUCUGUUCCACCUGAGGUGUGUAUAUAGUUACUAUAAAUCCUAACGGAUUUGGCUUUAGCUUCUCCUUUAUUGAUGUUUACAAUAUGAAUCGUCCCGGGUAAUACACUAAUACAGAACUGCUGCCCCAUUCAUUAUUGGGCCGUUUUCCACUUCAAUCGUAUAGUGUCGAAGCGCAGCGUAUUUCUUUGUUCCCUUCAUGAGCACUAACUGAAUAUACUCUAUAGAGUGGAACUAAUGAUUUCGACACAAAAGAAAAUGCUACGUUACGAUACGGUUGGAGUGGAAAACGGCCUUUACAUAUUAGGUCAUCAAUUGUUCAUCGAAAUUAUAUGUCAAUGCAAAGCUGGUGCUGACUCUUCCACAGUCCCUCAAUCGUACGCGCGGUCGCGUAAUUUUAGCAGCGCUGAUUUUAGAUUCUAUCGCAUUCCCAUUAAGCACCGCGCUCCUAUUGUUUUCCACUGAUCUCUAUUCCCAACUGAAGCGACGAGGGACGAGGCAGAAGCUGGUGCAUAUAUUACUAUAGGGAUACGUACAUGAUCUGACCGCGCGUAAACAUUGCAGUCGGGGACUAAGUAGUAGUAUGAUUUUAUUGAACAGAAAUGAAUUAAUAACACUGAUUGUUGGGCUACCUAUGGUUAAAUUCACAAGCCAUUGCACGCGCUAUAAGGUUUAAAAAAUUAAUGUAUAUUAAGAUGUUCCUCACUGAGCGGAAUAUAGUCUUUCAUCCUAUAUGUUUUGGAUUGGUUACAAAUAUUUGCGGGCUUGCAGCACUGAUCUAGAAAUACUUAGCCGGCUUGCAGGAUGUAGGUUGCAAGUAUCUGACCGCAAAUGGUGCUCUCUGCCACGACAUUUUGGAUUGGUUAUCUAUUUAUUUUUUCACUACAUUUUACUUUGGUGUUUUAAAUUUUGCACGUCCAAUUCACCAACUAUGCAUGGGGUCUACAGUAGCACCACCUCAUUGCCAUCUUGCUACUGCAUAGAUAUAUAAAAUGUCCACUUUUUUUGUGUGCAGGUGUUUGAAGAUGUGGUUGAUAUCUUAGAUCCAGAUUUACAACUUGGCAGUGAGGAGGGAACAGAUAUGGUUAGUUUUCUAAAUGUUUUACACAUUAGUAUAAAAAAUGAUCAGUUUUUGACAAGUAAAAUUGUCUGUCGUUAGACAUUAGACAGAGUACCCUAAUGAAUAGGGACGCAUUCGAGCAUAUGUCGCGUUAAUAUGGUACAUGAGUGCAGUACAUACGCUUCUAGGUCUCUAACAUCUUACACUGAAAUUUUGCCUUGAUAAAUAAAUAUAAUUAUACCGUUCAGUUAUGUACUUAUCUUUACUGUUCCUACUGUAGUCAGAUCAAAUUACUUUGUUUCAUGUUUCUGGAGUACGGUACUUGCAUGAAUUACGUAGCACAUCAUCUGCCUCAUUCCCCUUCGGUGCUUGUCUGGGGCUUUUAUUUACCUAAUUUACUCUGUCUAUCUAUCGUAAACUACCCUGACAACUUUCCCUGUGGAAGAAAACCAGAGCACCUGACCACAGAUGAGAAUAGUAUACAGAAGUCCAUCUCCAUUGUUUUUUGCGUAAGCGCAAAAAGCGUAAGCAAAACUGCUUUUGUUUACGGUACUUGCUGAGUGACGAAUCAUGACGAAUAGCGCUUAUGCAAAAAACAAUGGAGAUGGACUUCUGUAUAGUAUUCUGUGGCCUGGUGAAACCUGGUGACUUUCAGCAGCAGACAGUUGACAGACUCUUAAAUAUGGGUGGAGUCUUGGAGUGCGAAAUACUAACCCAUGAUCUAAUAGAGUCUAGUAAUAGAGAUAAAACACGGUGACUUUGGUAAGCUAUCGUUGGCUCUUUUUUACCAUACCAUUCAAGCUUUUCGAUAAACAGGCAGAAUAAUCAGAUAAGACUAAUAAUGCUAUAUAUAAUCAAAGAUUAUAGCGAUGAACAUAGAAUUCUGCAAGACUCUCUUCUCUGUUUAUAUUGCAGGAACAUCAAUUUUCAUGUGAUGAACUAGAUGAAAGUCAGACGAAAGCGUCUACCCGUCGUGUUCAGGUAUAGGAGUUAGUUGCCCGAGUUGCCGCAUGUCAAUUAAUCAUGGAUUAGAGCUCGAUCAGACUUUAGUAAUUUAUUUCUUGUUUUAGUCUCUUUCGCCAACAGAUACGGACAGGAAAAGGUUGGUAUAAAUAUGAUACGACCACUCUAUAUUCCAGAGGCAAAAUAACAUGAAAACGUCUGACACCCAAGGUAUACUGUAAGGCGACAUUAAUUGUAAAAUUUAACACAAACGUUAUGCAAUCAUACGUGCAUGCAAAACGUUCCUAUGAAUGUCAUACAUAAGACCUGCACUUUCGCUGCAAACGUAUCUGACAAAAAUGGUAUGUUAAUCACAAAAGAAUUGUGCGUAUGACCUACAGUAUCACGACCACAAAGCAACAGAGGAUUGCAUGAAAUGGAAAUAUUAGCGGAGUGAAACGUAAACCAUGUUUAUUGUGUUUCUAUUUCACGUUUAUAACAGCCAUGUUUAUGAAAAAUUAUAUUGCAAAUUCUAUCAAAAAUUGGUACACUUUGGUCUCACGCAACUCAGAAAGUAAUAAGAAGCUUUAAUCAACUCAACAAGUAAAAUUUUUACAAAACUAAACUACGUUAAAACAAAAAUAGUAGACAUUACCUGGCAAACAGCAAAAGCGAGUUAUAUACUAGAUCGAAGUCAGCAAAAACGGACUCGAAGUCGCAACAAGGCAAACCCCCUCUGGCAAACCCCGCGUACUUUAAUUAUAUACAACUAAUUUUACACUACUGUGCACGUGACAACAUAUAAUACACGUAAACGUUCUCUAAACACUACUGAGACAAAUAGUUCUUAUAGCUCCAUAACCCGAUCCGAAGAAAGUACAUGCAUGUAAUUAUGUACGUUUAUAUACUAUCAGAAAUAAUGUCAGUGUACCACAGAAUAAGUAUAGUCUUUAUUCUGUGGUCAGUACCACUUUAAGUAAUUUAAUUCGAAAGCAAUAAUUAGCAAAAGCAAGUUGCGAAUGAUCGUGCUAGAAAUCGUAUACUAUAAAAGAUAAUGCUGAAACAUGUUUACAAAUAAAACUUUUGUCGUAUUUGUAAAUUAAAGUUGUUUCAAAAGCGAGUUAGAACUCCCUAUAUUUAGCAAAAUUCAAUGUUUUUUGUUUCCCAGUGUUCAAGAUAUUCUGAAAAACCGGUACAGAUGGCUGCCGAAAGUGGAUGAAACACAGAAAGAAGAUAAAGGGAAGUCAAACAGAAAGAAAGUCGAUACUCCAAGUUUGGUAUGAAAGUAUAGUGUGACAUUUUCACAUCAUUCACUUUAUAAUAUAAGUGGGAUACAACAGACAAUUUGCUGAAUUUGGCAAUAAUGCACUGUGAUCUGGCACUUGGCUGGUUGGCUUGCUCUUUCUGUGUCCCCCCCCGCUUCAUCUCUGCUUUUUAGCCAAAACAUAAACAAAACUAUAGCUUUUUUUUAAAUACAAAAUUUAUCAGGAAGGAAGAAGGAAGAGAUCAAAGGAAUUAACAAAGCAAUUUUAUCUGUAGUAUUAAAAUUAACCGGCUUGGCAUUCGUCGAAUUUGUUUUUGUCUCGACAUGUUUUGGGCAAAAGCGUGCAAAAUAGCCGAGAAAAAAACUUGAAAAAGAUACAGGAAUACCAUAAAAAUACAGCUACGCCUCGUGUUUUACACACUUCUCUCGUAUUCUCCCCCCCUCCCGCCCCCGCGUGCAUUAUCGCACGCGACUCGUUUUCUAUUUCUUAAAUAAAGUACCACGCAGUGACUAAAAAGAACAAUCAAUCAGGAUACAGGAAAUUCAGUAGCAUUCCAAGCUUCUAAUGACAUACAUAAGAUUAUAUAGUAUAGAUAAAUGAAAACCAAACUCACUCCUGCAUAAACACUCGCAAAAUAGCUAUGUAGGUCCCUAACCGAUUGUAAAUCUAUUGUAGGAUGACAAAAUACAGAACGUUACGAACGAAUUCUGUACUUGGGUUGAAAGUUUGGUACGUUUUUAUGAUUACUCUGCCGUGUCUUUGUGGUAUAUAAUGGUGUGUCCUAAAAAUUCCACAUGAAUGGCAUAGACUUGCCGGAUGUACGUCAUGUUAUUCGCACUGUAGUGGAUUACAGAAAUACGGACUUGGAGUAAGUCUAUAGAAAAGGUAUAACGACUUUCCCGAAUAAGAAACGUUUAAUCUAAAUAUUUUAGGGAGGCGACAGUAAUAACAUCGAAGAAUCGACUGUCAUGAGCUUAUUUGCCAGUGGAUAUGAAACAAAGGUAAAACAUGCAUAAGUGCUGCAUUUUAAUUACCCAAUUCUCGUUUGGAAUAGCAAAACCCCGCGGGAUAGUGCGGUAAAAUCACACGAUUUGCGGGAUUCCUGAUCCAUGUAUAUAGUUGCGCCAUGUAGUCUUGUGAUCAGCAUUAAAUAAUUAUCGCCCUUUUAAUAUUCUUUUCAGCCUACAUUAUCUGUUCCAAUCCAUGUUGUGGAGUUGACGAAUGUUCCACCUGAGCUACGGGUGAAUGCCAGUACAUCAGCUUCACCUCUUCAGCAGAAUGUUGUUGAUAUGAACGAAGCAGAAAAACGGGUAAUGAGUUUUGCUAACGUUAUAAAUGUCACCAUCCAAUUAUUUGGGCAAGUAUGCCUACCUAAUAUGAAUACCUUUUCUGAGACGAAAAAGAUCCUGAAGUGCUUAUGGCUCGUUCUUUAGAAAUUUUGAUAAAGAUGAUUUUUGUAUUAAAGACAAUAGUCUUUUAUUGUCAUAAUCAGCCAAUUACAAAGCCUGUUCGGGCGACCGACCUAUUUUUAUAAAGAUUUUAAUUCAAAUAUAAAACCUUCUUUAUUCGAUGAAGUUAAUCAGAAAUACAAACCUUCAUUGUUUUCAUUUUACCAAUUUUCAAAAUCUUGUGGUUUAUACAGAGCAAGGAUUUUUAUAAAAGCAUGCAAUCUUCUUAAUUUCCACUUUCCUUUUGUUACGCAUAUCGAUAUCCAUUAUCGUUUUGAGUUUCAUACAAGGUUGUAUAUUGUAAUGUUGUUAGGAGGUAGGAAGGGUCCAUGGGGAUUAGGGAUGAUCUGGAUACCGGUAUUCGAUAAAAUAUAGACAUCCGGCACUACAUUCUACAAUACAAUACAAUAUUUAUUACACUAAAAAAAUACUCAAUAAUAUCUAAAAUUUCAAAUGAUUGCAGAAAUAGAAGAGUGUAUAGCCAUCUGAAAUAACCAUAUGGGGUUGUUAGGCUAGUCAGAUGACGUAUAACAAUGAUUUUGAAAGAAAUAUGUUUCAGCAGACAGAAAUUAAUAUCGAGCACAAAAUGACAAACAAAGACACGACACACAGAGUCAAAAAACACAAAGAAAAAUCGAAAAUAAUAGUAUAGAUUGUAAAUAAACAAGAAAUAAUGAGACUUGAGAAGGCUACUUGAUCAAAAGUGUUCGUACUGAUCUAUUAAAUGAAUUGGUUCUCUUAUAUACCAGAAACGUACUACAUAUACCCCAAGUUGGGUGAAAGUGAAAUAUGGUGCAUGGUAUCUGAAUCCUACGACAUGGAAGAAACAAAAAGAUGGCGAACCUCUAGAGGAUCCCAAGCAACAACAGGAAAAUACUUUUUCUGAAGCGAAAGCAGAAAGUGAAAAACUGG